AUGUCGGCCAAGGUCAUCCUGCCGCUGCUCUCGCUCUCCGUCUUCUACUUCAUCUUUUACUUUUCCCACGUCAACGGCCUCCGCGCGCUGGGCGAUGCCGCGCAGCACGCGGCCAAGCUGCCCGGCCUUGAUGAGCCGCUUCGGACGCGCUACACGGGCCUCGCCCACGUCGACCACUUGCUCGCCACCUUGACCAUGUUUUUCUGGCCCGUCGGCGAUGGGAGCCAGCCGGGGCUGACGCUGCACUCGAUUGCCUUUUCGGGGACCUUUGCGUCGGCCUGGAUGCUGGUGACGCUCGAGUCGUGGAGGAAGGGGAAUGCCCGGAGCGUGGCCGCCUUCCCGGCUGUCUUCGGCCUCGUCGCCCAAGUACUCACCUUCGCCUUUGCCACUCCUCUCUACGCCUUCCUGCACCUCACGUGCUCGGGCACGGCGGCAAAGCCAACGACGGCCAAGAUGCAGAUUCCUCCCGUCGUCCUCAGGGCGCUGCCUCUCGUCUUCACGGUGGCCAUGCACGUUCCCUCCCUGCUCAUGCUGGUCCCGCUCUCCGAGACCAUGACUCACGACUUGAAACAAAUCUGCAUCGCCAUCUGGCAGCCGUGGCCCGCGUACGUGGCCGUCCUCCUCGUCGCAGCCAACGCGAUGUGCGCGAAGCCCCUGCCCGGCGCUAGCACCGGCAACGGCACCCAAGACACGGCGGGCUCCCUGCGGUUCGUGUACGCCUUUGCCUUUGCCAGCACGGCGAUUGCGCACCUCGUCAGCAUCAUCAUCUCGGCGGCCACCGUGGCCGUGCCCAGCAUCUUCCAGGAGCGCCAUCGCGCGUCCCUCCACCCGCGCAGCGUCUUUGCCACGCCGCUGCCCUGGGCGUCGCCCGCCCUCGAGGUGUCGACUGUCGGACAGGGCGUGCAGGUCUUCCUGCGAUGGGACUACAUCAUCGGGUCGGCGGGCGUCUUGAUCUGGGCGCUGAGCCUUCACCAGAGCGCGCACCGCGCCGCCGGCGUCAGGCCGUGCUCCUCGGGCCUCGUGGCCAAGGUCGUGGCCUUGUCGAUCCUGUGCGGCCCUACCGGCGCCGCCGUCGAGCUCAUGUGGGAGCGAGACGAGCUGUUCCUCCGCGACGCCGCUGCCGACAAGGCCAAGCCCGUGGGCGCCGCCAAGUCGUGA